UCUACACAUCCCUAGAUAAACUAAAAAAGGAAAAGAUUGAUUAAUUUAAUACCUCGGCACGGAAGACGCGACGCGACAAUGUCCAAUGAAAAGGAGGACGAGUGCGACAAGCACAAGCAGCAGGCGGAGGCGGACGGCAAGUCGACGUCGAGCGAGGAUUCGGACGAGUACCAGUCGGCCGGUGAGGGCGACGAUGGCGAAGGUGACGGUGGCGGUGAAUCCCCGACGAGCGCCACGCCCACAGCCAGAGCAGCCCCUCCACCGCCGGUAAAGCCCACGCCAGAGCCCCUGCCUCACGAUUAUCCGAUGCACCAGAGCGUCUUCGAGGACGACAUCAAAUCGCUGCAGCGCCGCCUUCUGAUGAGCACCGCCCAGGAUGAGGUUGGCCGCAAGGACAAGCACGGCAACACACCUCUCCAUUUGGCCGUAAUGCUGGGGCGGAAGCACGCGGUUCGUUUGCUCCUGGCCCAGAACGCCCCCGUCAAGAUCAAGAACAACGAGGGCUGGUCCCCGCUCUCGGAGGCCAUCAGCUAUGGCGAUCGCCAGACAAUCACCCAGGUGCUGCGCAUGCUCAAGCUGCAGUCGCGCGAGCACAUGGAGAGCCGUCGCGAAAAGCUGGUGAAUGCGUUACGCCAGAUGCAGGACUUCUAUAUGGAGUUCAAGUGGGACUUUCAAUCCUGGCUUCCGCUCGUUUCCCGCAUCCUGCCCUCGGACAUCUGCCGUCUGUACAAGUCUGGCGCCUCCAUUCGCCUGGACACCACGCUGGUGGACUUCAACGAUAUGCGUUGGGAGCGCGGCGAUAUCUCGUUCCUGUUUCGCGGCGAGGCUCCUCCCCGGGAAUCGUUGGUGCUGCUGGACAACGAGCAGGAGUGCUUCCAGCGGCUGCGCUACGAGGAAUCCGACAUGGAGGACGAGGUGGACGUGCUCAUGUCCACGGACAUACUGGCCACGCAGAUGUCCACCAAGACGAUACAGUUCGCCCGGGCACAGCGCGGCUGGAUAUUCCGUGCCAAUCGCAAGGAGCUUAUUGGCGGCCAGUACCAGUGCGAGAUCUACACCAUUCAGGGCCUGAUCCUGAAGCAGCGCAAGAGGCGUGAGCACCUGUCACACGAGGAUCUGCAAAAGAACCGCGCCAUUGUGGAGACAAUCACCAAGGGUGGCAAUCAGCAGCAGCAGCCGCAGCCGGAUGAACGUCGCUCCAGCCUUGGCAGCCAGAACUCGCCAACGGCGCCGAAUGGCAUCACACUGCCAGAGCUGCCGCGCCGCAGUUCGCUCCAGGCACCACCAGCCACCACGGUCACCUGGCGCCAGUACCUCGACGCGGAGGUGGGCAAGUGCCCGCAACUGGGUCGCACGCCCGUCCACAAGCAGUCGAACAAGACGCUGCGCGCCACAGUGGCCAUGAGCAAGGACUUCCCUCUCAGCGUGGACAUGCUGCUGGACGUUUUGGAAGUGGUGGCCCCCCUUAAGCACAUCAACAAGCUGCGCGAGUUCGUCACGCUCAAGCUGCCGACCGGUUUUCCCGUGAAGAUCGAGAUACCUGUGCUGCACACGGUCACCGCCAAGGUGACGUUUCAGAAGUUCGAGUUCCGCGACAACAUCCCCGCCAAGAUGUUCGAGGUGCCGUCGCACUACUGGGAGGAUGUGCGUCGCUUCCAGGACUUAUGACCAGGCGACGCAGAAGCCGCCCCGAAGGCCAAAGCCCCAGGCUCUGGACCGGCCGGAGCAGCGCCCGGCGUGCGUGUCGAUUUGAAUCGCAAUGCGCCGCCGCCCUCCAUUGCGGAGUUCGAUUGAGGAGGCAUCGGCGGCGGCACAUUUCGUGUUGUGUUUUUUUGUGAACACUCCAGCAGAAGCCGGAGGAUUACUGCUCCAAGAGGGCAGUGGGUUUAUGUAUGUAUGCUUAAGAGGAAACCACCCACAUACAAAAUUGCAAUUUUCACCUUUUGGAGAGGAUUCUAUUUAGUAGCCAUCGAAAUUGAUCUGAUGUUUUGGCCUUUUGGGGCACACAGCUGUCUAAAUUAAAAUGAGACGCUCUGAAAAUUGCAAUUUUGCAUUUACGUUUUGUUAUGUACUGUAUUUGUAUCUGUUUGUAACUAAGCCCUUGCCAUCAAGGGGUAUUAUUUCGUAGUAUUUAUUGUUAGAUUCAACAACAUUCUGCCCAGGCUCUCGAAACCAGCUGCUCCAUCGGCCCGGAAGCCAGAAAGUUAUUUUCCCGAAAUUGCCUCUGCUAUCUGCAGCUAAUCGCGGUGGUUGAGAAGGUAAAAAUAAGCGUCCAAUCGCCAGAAACACAGGCUGAUAGCCACGAUCCAUCCCACAAACACAUAAUCAAAAGCUAGUUAGUGAGUAAUCCAGAUGUUAACCAAAACAAACACCGUCUCUCAUUUUAUUUAUGUCCACAUCCCUUUCCGUGUUUAGUGCAAUUUCAUAUGUAGAUUUAAGGUAAACCAAGGAGGGCGGAAGUUUAUUUUCGGCCCUUUCCAAAAGAGUCUGGUCCGCGCGUUGCUUUCUUUUUAUACUUAGGCUACGUGUACUAGAGAAUCGUCCGCAAAACCAUAUUUCCUACGCCUUUCAUGAUAGUCUCAAGUAUUUCGAAGUGCGCAAAACUUAAAACAGCUUCACAAUUCAAUUAUAAACAAAUAUUUACACACAUAUGUACCAAUAUAUUUAUGUAGUUCCAUUUUAGCCAAUUAUUUAAACCGUAAAAAGCGUCUGUACUUGUAAUUGUUAAUCAACAAAAGGCGGCUGGCACCGAUUUAGUUUCGGUUCGCAUUGCUUUGCUGUGAUUUCGCCCCUAUAACCACAAUUGUUUGCCUACUCCAGAGAAUGUAUUUAUGUGAAACUGCCAUUAUUUUUUGUUUUUCCCGGGCACAAUCUUUGUUUAUGUUUGUUUUUAUAGUAUUCCAUCACCCACAUAAACGAAAUCCAUGCGAUUAUCAAAGAAAAUCGUUUUUAAACAUUUAAUACACUGUAAUCCAAGAUCCAAACACAUCCACUGAAAAAAUCUGAUAACCAAAUCGGUAUAUUUUACUAGCUAAGGGCAGUUGAUGGAAAUAUUUAUAUUUAUACGUGGCCCCCGUAAUUGUAAUUGAACCGAGCAUUUGUAUACGCUCUAAAAAAUAAAUAUAUACACACAUCCGCAAGCUGUAAAAUGUGCAACCCAAGGAAAA